AUACACAAUGCUCAAUUGAAAAACAUAAAGAGCGAGCCAACAUUUGCGAAAAAAUGGAAUCCAACGAAGGAUCAUCUUCACCAUCGAUCAAAAACCCUCCAUUAACAGCAACCGAUAAUUUUUCUGUAGAAGCAGCAUUAAAGAUCCUAGAAAAGCAAACGAAUCCAUGGCUUCAACAAACAAUAGAACAAGCCAUGAUUUUUCAGACAACAGCAGAACAAACCUUCAAUUCUGCCAUUACAACAACCCGUGAUCGUCUCUCGCAGAUUCUUUGCAGUUCUUCGGCGCAUUUUCAGCAAACUCUCGAAUCUUUGAAGGAUGUGAAGGCUGAGUAUAAUGCUUAUGAAACUAAAUUUUUCGGGAAAGUUAAAGAAGGUGCAUUUUUUGCGGGUUCAAAUCCGUUAAUUGCUACUGGAGCUGUUAUUGGGUUGGGAUUUAUGGGGUUGAAAGGUCCGAGGCGUUUUUUGUACUAUAGAACCUUGAGGCUAUUUUCAACUGAUGAGGCCCUGCUUUCUCGAUCUAAUUCCAGUGUGAAAGAGCUGAUGCAAUCAUUUGAACGCUUGAAGGCUGAAACUAGAAAUCUGGAGAAAAAGGUAUCAAUGGCAGAGGAGGAGAUGAAAAGAGGCAGAACUAAAUUGAGACAUGCUGGACAUCAGAUUAGAAAGGCAAUUCUGUCUGCAAAUAAGAUUGAGAAACAAGCAAGAGGCUUGAAGGAUGUACUUGCAGAUCUCCCUAGAACAGAUGCAUCUAAAUUCAAUUCACAGAUCAAAAGCUUAGUUGCGGAGGCAAAACAGGAGCGAAAAGUGCUGGCGAAAGAAGUUACAAAGAUAAGUAAUUUUGGGAUCUCCAUAUGACAUCUCUUUUUUACAUUGUCUAACCUGACUGUUUUGGGAAUAAGUCGUUGGAAAAAUCAGCUGUGAGCCUGUGGGACUCAUUCCAUAUUUCCUUUACAGCCCAUGUAUUGGGAAGCAAAAUCAUUUUUUUCUAAGGAAUAGUGUAUCAAAUAUCAAUUGUUCAUUUAAGAGAUCUGGUUUUGCACAGAUUUUGCUUGAAAUUUUGCCAGAUUUUGCGGACAAUGUUGAUUCUAUUGUUCUACUUCUAUAUGAUAACGUGAAGAUUGUCUUUGAAAAGAUUAUGCACUCAUCAUAAUAGAACUGUCUGUGCUCUAUUCUUGUCAUUACAAAAUUCCCUAUUUUUUUGCCAA